AUGUUCUCUUUGUUCCUGGAACUGUUCAAAAUUUCCUACGAGAAUUUCGAACUGGAUCAAUAUUUUCUGACCAACUAUUCCGACUCAUGUCCACCGAGAUCUUAUUUUGAGAGUUAUGAAUUUUUCAAAAUGUCUCUGAAUUGUCUUACUGUACCUCUUAUUUUAUUCGGGAGUUAUGGGAUUUUUGUAAUUCUGAUGGCGACUCCAAUAGAGUUGAAAAGUGCAAAAUGGGUGGUAUUCAAGUUUCAAGUGGCAUCCUUCUGGUUUGGGUCCAUUGCUUGUUUUCUGGAACGUCCAUUUAUCCAUUAUCCAUCAAGUGCCAGAUAUGAUUCUGGACUAUUUGUACUGCUAGGAAUCCCAUUUAGAAUUGCUUCAAUUUUGGGACAAACUUCUUAUUCCAUUCAAGACAUUUCUCGAGUAUUACUAUUUGAACAUCGAUUCCAUCAAACUAGUACUAACUCAAUGAAAUUGAAAACAAGAAUACUAUUUUAUAUUCUUCAUUAUUUUUUAUUCCUCUCCAUUUUCAUUUUUUACUACAAUUAUUUUCCUAUUGAUGAAUUUUUGGCAAAACUGGCUAUUCUGGAAUUUUUACCAUGUCCAGAGAGCACAUUUUUCGAUGAAAAUACCCAUAUUUUAACUGGAAACUCAUGGAAAAUUUAUACUUUUCAAUCCGUUUAUUUUUUCGCGUUGGCCUAUAUUUUUGCUUUUUUGAGUGCUCGAAAUUUGUGGAGUCGGCAGUUUGAUAUUUCAGAAAAUAGAAGGAAAAUUCAGAAGCGAUUUUUGAUUAUUUUGGUUUUUCAAUCUGGAAUUCCUUUGCUUAUUUUAUUAAUUCCAAGUUUGAUUUCAUGGGCAAAGAUUUUCGAGUUCAGAGAAAAAUAA